UGGAAUUUAUUGAUAAGAUUAUUAUGAAAUGAUCAUCUAAAAUUUACAGUGUAAAAACUAAUUUGACAUGGUCCAUAAAGGGAAUUUUAUCCUUGAAAUUAAUUAAAUAACUUGUGUUAUCAACAAAUAUAAUCAAUCAACGUGGUUUUUACAAAUCCAACAACUACCUGUUGUUAUUUAUUAAAGUUUUUACAAAAGUGUUGUUUUAUUUAUUUUACUGAAUUAAAAUAAAAAUCACUUCUAAAUCUAAGAUCUCUGUUAAAUUAUGUCAAUGAACUUGACCGUGUGAACUUCACAUUUACCUAGAUCAAUUAAGUGUAUACAAUAUUAAUUUGUUACCUGUACUGAUUAAUUUAAAUAUUAUUUUGCUAUGUUAUUAUUGGAUCAAAUGCAAUCGAUAAAUAGUAAUCAUAUUAAAAAAAAAUCAAAUGUAAACAAUACUGGUCCAACAAAUCGAACUAUUGAAGGUGGUAAAAGUGUUUUGUUAGCGUAUAUUUUUUGGUUGUUUGGUGGCUUAUUUGGGGCACAUCAUUUUUAUUUACGACGUGAUAAACAAGCAUUUUUAUGGGCGACCACAUUUGGUGGAUACUUUGGCAUUGGUUGGUUAGGUGAUAUAUUUAAAAUUAAACGCUAUGUACAAGAUGCUAACGAUGAUCCGGUGUUUAUUGAAUAUUUUAUUCAACAAUUACGAAAAUAUAAAAAGCCGCCAUUCUCUACAAAUAGAUUUAUUGGCCAGUUGAUGGUUGGAUAUUUUUGGGCGCAGCUUGUUUUAUUAGCAGUACCAGAAGAAGAAUUCGGUGAAAUAAAUUGGAAAUUUUUAAACUGGUUAUCACCUCUUGCGUGUGGUUUAGGUGCAUGGUUUGUUGGAAAUAUUGGACGGCAAAAAGGUUCUCCAUGGCUAGCUAUAUUAGCUGCAUAUGUUGCAUACCAAGCACGUUGGUAUAUUUACGACGAAACAAUGUGGUUAACAAUUAUGUCAUUUGCGGCAACAUUAGCAUUUGAUACAUUCUCAAAGGAAUGGAAUCGAGAACCACCGAAAAAACGUGGAUUUAUUAGGCGCAUAAUAGUUUUAUCAAUUUGUUUCGCAUUAUACAUGUCAUUGUGGGGCAGCUACUUAUAUUUUAAUGGAAAAAUAACAGACAGCGACGGAGAAGAAAUUCCAGUGUACGAAGCGAUAAAUCAUUUCUUUAGAUCGCCCUGGUGGACCGAUAUAAAAAGUGCAAUGUUUGAAAUAUGGGAUUAUGCUCAACAUCAUGGUUGGUAUGAAAUAUGGAAACAAAUUAUUGAAAUAUCCGAUCCUAGUGGUGAAAAUAAUGCAUAUAGAGUGUUGGAUGUAUCACCAGAGUCAUCACAAAGUGAAAUCACAGCAAAAUGGCGUAAAUUAUCAAAAGAAUGGCAUCCAGAUAAAGUGAAAGAUGAAGAACAAAAACGUGUUGCACAAGAAAAAUUUAUGGAAAUACAACAAGCAUAUGAAAUAUUAUCAAAAGUGAAAAAUAAAAGACAACGUCGUAAUAAGCAAUCUAUUUAAUGAAAAUAAUUAAUUUAUAUAGGAAUGAAUGGUUUUGAUUGAUUGGAUGUAAAAUGA